AUGGGUCAAGAGGAGUGGCUUGAACUGGAGAGCGAUCCUGGCCUGUUCACCCUCCUUGUGGAAGAUCUGGGUGUGACGGGCGUCCAAGUUGAUGAGAUUUACGAGCUCUCGAAGGUCCCCUCCGAUCCUGUCUUUGGUUUCAUUUUCCUUUUCCGCUGGCAGCAGAACGAGAAAAAGCCCGAAGUGGACCCAGGCGACUCCGAAGAGAUCUUUUUUGCGCACCAGGUGGUGCCAAACUCUUGCGCCACGCACUCCCUUCUCUCUAUCCUCAUGAACACCUCGCACCAGAGCGUGGAUCUCGGUCCCCUUCUCCGAGAAUUCCGUCGUGCCACCCAGCCUCUUCCACCGAGUCUCCGAGGUCUUGCUAUUGGUUUCAUGCCGCCUCUCAUGGAGGCACACAAUCGACAUGCGCGUCAACAGACUUCCCACUCACCGCCCUGCCUCCCGCCGGCCUGCGAUGAGAUCACCUCGGCUCGCGUCGUUCAGUGCGCUGUUGAGGCGGCGCAGCGAGCCGCGCUGUCAGAGGGCGAGAAUGGUGGUGGCGGUGGUGGUGAAACGGUUGCUGGGGAGGAGGCGGUGGGAGUUAGUUGUGGUAUUGGUGGGGGAGUUGGAGUGGGAGCUGGGGACACAUUCCACUUUGUCUGCUUCCUGCCUGUGGGACGCUUCCUCUACGAGUUGGAUGGCUUGAAACAGGAGCCAAUUAAUCAUGGCCCUCUGGAGGAUCCCAUCGCGCAUGUUGGCUGGACCCGACAGUGCUUGGAUCUGCUGAAGCAGCGGAUGCGUGAUGUCACUGUCACCAUUGAUGUGGAACUGCGGCGCUCAAACUGUUUUGAAAGCCGUCGCGGAAUUCGCAAGUCCAUGAUUGGCAUGAAAGCUUGGAGGCUGGUUGCAGUGUGUCUCCAAGUUGUAAUAGACCGUGCCACUAUGGAAGAGGGCUUGUUAUUUACUCACAGAAGGCCCGAGAGGCUUCUGACGUGGCUGGAGGAUCAUACGUUCAACCAGCAAGAAGUACGCUACAAUUUGAUGGCAGUGGUGCCGGAUCGCCGUCUAGCUCUGACUUCGCGUCUAGACAAUCUAGAGAAGAACCGCUCGAUCCUCGAGAAGACCAUUCAGCAGCUGACUAACAGUAACGCUACUGCCGUAGCUAUCAAGCUGGAGCAUAAUGGCUCUCUGGAACCACACAGCGUCGAAGUGAACGGUGCCGUGAGGACUAUGGAAGAGGAGCCAGUGGAGACAGAGCCAGAUUCAGAGGCGGAGGUGAAGGCAAUGGAGGUGGAAGUGGACGCAGAGGAUGCGGGAGAGUGGUCUCUCGACCCACUGGAAGGUGAAGCGGAAGCAGACGACCGUCCAGUCACUCGGGCGGCCAGUCGGGCUGCUGCAGCGGCAGCGGCCGCCGUGGGACAAUCAAAACCCUUGAAACGCUCCGCCCCCCUCGCCCCUAUCACCGGUGCCGCCGCACGCAGAUCAAACCUCCGCGAAAUUGGCAGCUCGGUCUCCUCUCCCACGUCAAUUUGCAUUGAUCUCACUGAAGGAGAUAUCUGUGCCACAAAUAAUAACGCCCUCUCGGAUGAUAUUACGGAAGGGGUCAUCACUCGUCGUAGGAGCAUUGUUAAAGAGUCCUCUAGUCCCGUUUCCAAGUAUUCUACUCGUUCGUCUACAAAACGGGACACUCUUGCUUCACAUUCACUCGCCAAUACGCGUUCCACGGGAAUAGUUUUGAAUAGAGAUGAUUCCUCAAUAGCGACGACAACAACCACGGCGUUUCUAACUACAGAGAACCUCAGUCAACUGUUGGCGGGUAUAGAGGCGCAAGCGCGUGCCUGUUCUGCGGCUCUAGCAGAAGAGGAGUCGAAACGGCAGGCAUAUCGAGUGGACGCAGCGCGACGAAUCCACAACUACGAACCCUUCAUCCGAGCCUUUUUAAAAGAGUUGAAAGAGCAGGGUAUGUUGCAGCGUCUUGUGGGAGAGGCAAAUGCUUCUGUCGGCAGUGGCGGGCGACAGCUACGGAAGCGGCGAACGACCUCUAUGACACCCCAGAAGGCCGUCUGGUCAUCGUCUUCAGCAAUAUCCACCUCCUCUUCUACCAGUGGCGAUGCGUCUGGAGUGGGAACAGCAGGCGGAGCACUUUCACGGCUGGCCGUGAAGAGAGCCCGGCUGGCAGCGGUGGCGAAUCGACCCUCCACGAGGAUGUCGGCCGCAAACGCGACGUCUGCUUCUGUUGGGGCGGGAGUGACUUCGGGAAGAGCUGGAGGGAGCGCUGCCUUUGAAGUCCUUGCAGUUGACCUGGGUAGCAACAUGACUAUCUACGACUCAUUGAUUGGUGAAAAGACCCCUGUCAUAUUUGAUCUCGGGGCAGCCUACCUAAAGUGUGGUUUUGCUGGCGAAGCCAGUCCGCGUUUUAUUCUUCCUUCUCCCUUCAUCAAAAUGGAUUUUUUUAACACCAAUCUCUACGAAUCUCUGAAGGGACUUUUCUACCGUCUCUGCUAUAGGUAUCUUCUUGUCAACCCAAAAGAGCGUCGCGUGGUCAUGGUCGAGUCCAUUAUGACUCCCACGCAUUUUCGUCAAACCAUAGCUGAUGUUCUCUUCCGUCACUUUGAGGUUCCUUCUAUCCUCUUCGCACCGGCUCAUCUAGUGGCCCUCUUCACUCUCGGCAUUUCCACAGGCUUGGUCCUCGAUUGCGGCUAUUCUGAGGCCAUUGUUCUCCCUGUCUGCGAGGGCUUUACUCUCCUCUCUACUUGGCACUCUGCUCAUCUUGGUAGUCGUCACAUCCACAAGCGACUAGAAAGCCAGAUUCGGGAGCACGCUUUCGUGGAGGAUGAUGGUGCGGAGCGUCAGAAGCUCUCCAAGGUUCUCGACAUUGGUGGUGACACGCAUGCGAUGCUGGAGGAUAUUCUGAUGCGAGCCUGUUUUGUCAGUCCCGCAGAUAGGGCUGCGUUGUGGCAGAAGUGGAUAGAGGAGGGCGAGAAGUCGGAAGAGGGAUGUCCUUCCGUUCAGCCUCCACCCUAUGCUACGGAAAGCUUCACGUGUCCCUUGGCAGGGUGUGGAGAAGGGACGAGGCUUGUCCACAUCCCCUCGCGGCUGCGAGAGUCAGCGACUGAAAUACUGUUCACUCCAGACGAUGCGGAUGGGGUGACGAUCACGACACUGUUUUUGGACUGUCUGCUGAUGUGCCCCAUCGAUUGUAGAAUGUCACUGGUACAGAACGUGGUGUGCAUAGGCGGCACGACAAUGUUGCCGGGCUUUGUGGAGCGUCUCAAUGAGGAAUUGCAGAAAGGUCUCGACCUUCCACAGUAUGCGUCACUGGCGGCUCUCAAGAAACACCUCAAGUUCCAUAAACCCCCUGCCAAGGCCAACUACACUGCGUGGCUUGGAGGUGCGAUAUUUGGUGCAUUGGAGUGUCUCCCAGGUCGGUCUCUGCUUCGUGACGCGUAUUUGAAGGACCCAAAGUUGCCUGACUGGAACGACAUUCCCGAUACCACCGUCCCCUCCGCACAUCCCGACUUGGAGCCGAAAUACUCACGCUGA